UAGCAUUAUUCAUAUUAAUAAGAAGGAAUAUAGACUCUUGGAAUUGCUUUUAUACUAUCCAAACAUGUCCUUAAAAGUACCGGAGAUCCAACGAAUAUUAGAACUACUAGGCAACGUGGGAAAAUACGGUGCCAGAGUUCAACCUGCAAAGAAGAAAUGAUUUGUCCGCACCGAGACCAAUACGAACAACGUAUUGGUAUGGAAUUCGGUGGUACACAAUUGAUCCCAUGUAUGAUGCGUCCCUAUAAGUACACCGCAAACUGCAGCCGGUGGCUGAGGUUUUGGUCGUCGCGCAGGCGCUGUGCAUGCGCUCGUCGGCGGCGGCGCAGCCGCUCGUCGAGCCCGGCGCCGCCGCUGGCUACGGCUGGUGGCAGGCGCUUCUCGUCGCGCCCGUGCUCUACUCGGCGUGGGCGUCGCCGUUCGAGCUGGCCGUGGAGAGGGCGGCCACGUUGCCGCUCCUCGUCGCAGACAUGGUCGCCGACGUGUUCUUUGCCGUCGACAUCGCCGCCUCCAUCUUCGUCGCGUGCCUUAAACCCCGCGGUUCGUCGUCCACUGCCAGUCUCUUCUACGACGACCGCAAGAAGGCCGACGUGAGGCACCUGCGCCUGCGCCCGUGGACGCUCGCGAUGGACGUGGCCUCGACGAUCCCGUUCCAGGCGAUCUACCACCUGGCCGCCGCCGCCUGGGGCGCUGCCGCCGCGUGGUCGUCGCCGUUCCGUUUCCUGAGCCUCCUCCGUCUGUGGCGGCUGCGGCGCGUCAGCGAGCUCUUCGCGAAGCUGGAGAAGGACGUCCGCCUCAACUACUCCUGGACGCGGCUCGUCAAGCUCGUCGGCGUGACGCUCCUGGCGGUGCACGCCGCGGCGUGCGUCCACCUGUGGAUGGCCUCGCACUACAGCGGGCCCAAGGAGCGCACGUGGCUCGGCCGCGGCUUCGAGACCCGCAGCGUCUGGGCCGGGUACACCCGCGCCGUGUACUGGUCCGUCGCCACGCUCACCACCGUCGGCUACGGCGACCUGCACCCCGCCAACCCCGGCGAGAUGGCGUUCGCCGUCUUGUACGUGCUCUUCAACCUGGGCCUCGGCGCGUACAUCGUCGGCAACACGACCAACCUCGCCGCGAGCGGCUCCACGGCCGCGCUCGCGCUGCGGGACACGCUGCGCGGCGUCUCCAUGUUCGGGGCCGUGAACCGGCUGCCGGAGGCGCUGACGGAGCAGAUGGCGGAGACCGUGCAGCUCAACUUCGACAUGACGGAGCAGCUGCUACAGCACCAGCAGCUUCUGUCCGAGAUGCCUAGGGCCGUGCGGUCGGGGAUCGCGCAGCACCUGUUCCGGGACACCGUCGAGGGCGCCUACCUGUUCCGGGGCGUCUCCGAGGGCCUCGUCGCCGACCUCGUCGCCGACGCGACGGCGCAGUUCUUCCCGGCCAAGGCCGACAUUGUCAAGCAGAACGAGACCCCGACGGAGUGCUACAUCAUCGUGUCCGGCUCCGUCGACGUCUUGACGAUGACGACUGCUGCCGACGGGACGGAGACGGAGACAGUCGUAUCAAGGGCAUGUCGGUGCGGCAUCGCCGGCGAGAUCGGCGUGAUGCUCAACAUCCCACAGCCGUUCACCGUCCGGUGCAGGAGGCUCACGCAGGCCGUGCGCGUCAGCCAAGGCCACCUUCUGCGGGUAGUCCGGCCGCACACCGCCGACGCCGCCAGGGUGUUGUGCAACUUCGUUCAGCACCUUGGGUCUCCCGUGUGGAAAGUUGCAAGGGAAGAAGCGCCAUUAUUCAGGGAGAUCGCAGAUCAGAUUGAGGCCGAGGCCGCCACCGCAGCGUCAAUGUCGGGGCGGCGGACGAGCGAGAUGUUCGAGCCGGAGGGACUGGAAGAGGCUGACGAUGAGCUGAGAAUGUCGCUGCGUAGAGAGGCCAAGCGGCGAGUGGUUAUCCAUCACAAGUCUGAAAAUGCUGCAGGGAAGCUUUUAUGCCUUCCUGGUUCCAUGCGGGAGCUGAGGAGUGUUGCGGAGGCCAAGUUCAGGAAGGUGGUGACGACGGUGCUCACCGUCGACGGCGCCGAAGUUGAGGGCAUCGACGUGCUAAGAGAUGGAGAUCACUUGGUCGUAUGCUAGUCCUUUGCAAAAUAAGAACGCACACGUAUAUACCUGUGUUGACACCCAAAAGUGUGCCAAACGAGGAUUUGGGCCACAUCGUCAAUAAGUUCGUGGCAUCAAAGAGGAUCUUGGAAAAUAUUUGGUGCGACAAAAAUCAAAGCAUAUAAGCAAGAGAGAGUACAAAAUUGGGCUUGCUCUGUCUAAACCGGCUAGGCCAGUUUUCCUGUUAGUGUGGGUCAGUUAGAGAGCCAGCAGGCCCUGUGAAAAAAAAACCACUGUCAAUUUCAAACCAAUUUGUUUUCAAAUUGGUUUUGAAUCUAUUUUUCGACAUAGGAAA